UCCUCUGGUUUCCCUGCUCAGGCUCACAAACCAACAUUUUUAGGAUCAGCUUGCCAAGACUGAGGCAAGACCAAAAAGCAAGGACGGUCAGUGCUUUGCAUUUCUGAGAGAUUUGUGCAGCCCUGCCACUAUGAACUGCUGGAAGUAUUACAUUGAAUGCAUCCUGAGCGACAGGAACAUUGAUGAUGUGGCCAUUGUGGGCCUCUCUGACAACAAGUGCGUGUGGGCAACCAAGCCAGGAGGGCUGCUGUCGGCUGUCUCACCUUAUGAAGUGGACUUGAUCACAGGCCAGGAUAGGAAAACGUUCCUGAUGACUGGAAUCACCAUCGCAGGGAAGAAAUGCAGUGUGAUUCGUGACAGCCUGCUGGUAGAAGGAGACAAUGUGAUGGAUGUCAGAAGCAAAGGUGGUGACAGCAGAUCCAUCUGUAUAGGCAGGACCCCCAAAGCUCUGAUCUUCCUCAUGGGCAACAGAGGAGUCCAUGGAGGAGUCCUCAAUCAGAAGAUCCAUGACAUGAUUGUUGGCAUGACACUAUGAGGCAGGUGGCAC